AUGAUCGUCGGCGAGCUUUCGCGCUUCCUACCGCCCGUCGCGCAGGCUCGCCGCGCCUUCCACGUCUACAUCUGGAACGUGAGCUGGAUGUACGAUCCUGUCCAGCGGCUCGCAGACCUCUGGGACGACUUCUACGCGGAGCCGCUGACAUCGGCUAGCGCCGAGGACGCUGAGGUUAUCGGACGGAUCAGCACUCGUCCAUCGACCUCAGACGGCGCCAAGCACCCGCACCGCCUGGCGCUACUGUUUAGCGUGCUCUCGCUCGGCGUGCUUUUUGAUGUGCUGCCGGGCGCCGGAGCCGGGCGCGCAGAGGAGCUCUAUCAGUGCUCGUGGGCCGCUCUGUCCUUGUCGAGCCUGAACGAUUCAAACACCCUCGAGAAUGUCCAGACGAUCCACCUCAUCGGUCAGUACCUGUGCAAUGUCAAGAAUGGCCGGAAUGCCGAAUCUCUCACCCCGUUACUGGGCUCCGCGGCGCGAUCAGCCAUUGCCAUGGGCCUGCAUCGCGAAGCGCAGGCUUGGAACCUGCCGCCACAUCAGCUCGAGGAGCGGCGACGAGCCUUUUGGGAGCUCUACGCGUGCGAUGCCUUCCGCUCUCUGGCCUACGGUCGACCGUGCAACCUACAAGAUCACCACGUCAAUGCCUCGUUCCCGGAGCAUCGCCCCAGCAAGCGGCUUGCCGAUCACUUCCACACGCUCAAGUUCCACGUUGUCAGGAUCCUCAACCGCAGCCUGGAUUCAUGCCACGGCCGCCCCGACGUCGACUAUUCGACGGUACUGGCCUUUGACAAGGAGCUUCGGGACCUGUGGGCCAGGAUCCCGCCUGCUCUCGGCACGCAGAGCUGGACGUCGGUGCCGGACUCGGACCUGGAGCGCGUCUCUCGCGACCUCGACGAUGCUGUUGGCCUACGCGAGAUGCACCGGCAGCUCCAGGCGCAUACGCUCGCCGCCAACAUCCACCAGACCUUGCUACACCUCCAUCGGACCUGGUUUCUACGAGCGCUGCAAUCUGGGCAGGAUGCCUUCCAGUCCGCUUACGUACGCUCCGUGGUGGCGGUCUCGGAGAGCAGUCGCACGCUGAUCAGCAUUGGCUCCAGCAUCUACCACAAGGCGAGGAGCGUCAGCCUGCGCUGGAACUUUUUCUGGCAGCACGUCUUCAACGCUGGCAUCUGCCAGUGUCUGCACGUGCUCUACUUGCCUCAUGGCAUCACGAGCCUCAGUGCAUGGGAGGAUGUCGGCAAGGCGGUGAGCCUGCUGCAGCAGGUGCGUUCGGGCAAGGGCGAUGGCAUCUGGGCGGGCAAGAUCGAUCUCCUCGAGAGGAUGAAAGCCAAGUCAGCCGAAAGCCUCAAGAAUGGGCCGCCCGCGACGGUACGAAGAGGGUCCGAGGGCGGUGCUCACCCUGUACUUGAUCAACAGCUCAGGUUAGUCGGGGCGACCCUGAGCGUCGACCAGCGCAGGGAUGGCAGGCAAGCGGACGGUGUCGAGGGUGCUUCCACCCCAGAGUCGCGAGGGACUCGCGACGACGCACACGGUCUCGAGUCGCAUGGGCAGCAUCAACCCGCCGGCGCAGAGCCCGGCCCCACAUCUCGCCGCCGGGGCGGCGAGAUGGACUGCCUUCCGACAUCCAUGGCUCGGCUUGAUACGGCCAUGGACGAGGGCUGGCGCAUCCAAUCGCCUCGUCAAGAGCUCGCGCCUCUACCGUUUGCCGCGCUGCUGGAUGCACAGCCCGCUCAGCCCCUUGGUGGCGGCACGUCUCAGCUGCUGGAUUGGAGCACGUUCGAUGGCGGCUUGCUCUUGACCGAGAUGCUGCAGGAUGGGUGCGAGCCCGACGCUCGCUUCUGGGAGCAAUUCUUUGGUGCUGCAGCAGCAGCGCAGCCAAACGGCCAGCAGCAGCAGCAGCAGCAGCAGCAGCAGCAGCAAGAGCAGGCUUCAGGGCAGUUGUCCCUCUUCGACCUAGGUCUUGGAACGGGGAACGAUGGCAUGGCUGCUUUGCCGUGA